AUGCCAUCCCACGCUUCCUCCAGCUCCAGCUCCAACGAUGCCUACGAACUACGACCCAUAUCGCCAAAAGAGGAGGACCAAAAUCUACAAAACGACAUCAAAGAUGACGAUGACGACGACGAGCCUUUCCUCCCCUCGCGCCCCCUCGACCGCAAGCUCGUCGCCUUCAUGGCUCUGCUAUACUCCCUCUCCUUCCUCGACCGCUCCAACAUCGGCAACGCGCGCAUCGCUGGCCUCGCCACCGAGAUGCACCUCAGCGACACCCAGUACUCCUGGCUCCUCUGGGCCUUCUACAUUACGUACAUUGCUUUCGAGUGGAUGACGCUGCUAUAUCGUGUCGUACCGCCGCAUAUAUACAUCGCGCUAUGUAUCGCCUCCUGGGGGAUCAUUGCGUCUGUGCAGGCGACGGCGAGUUCGUUCGGGUUCUUGUUGGUGCUGAGGGCGCUGUUGGGGGUGAGCGAGGCGGCGUUUGGACCGGGCGUGCCGUUUUAUCUGUCUUUCUUCUUUAGAAGGGAGGAGUUGGCGUUUCGGACGGGGCUGUUCAUAUCUGCGUCUCCGCUAUCGGCGUCGUUCGCUGGUGCGUUGGCAUGGCUUAUCACGAAGGUGGGGAGGAACGGGGUGCUGAGUCCGUGGCGGUUGUUGUUUUUGAUUGAGGGGUUUCCAUCCGUUUUAGUGGCAGUGUGGGCAUGGGAUUUCGUUCCUGAUGGACCCGGAGUUGCGAAGUGGCUGAGUCCGAGGGAGAGGAAGGUCGCGGUGUUGAGACUUCGAGCAGAGAAGGAAGAUGAGGAAGAUGACGAGGAUAUGGAAGAAAAACAUGCCUAUGGUGCCCCGCGAGAGAGUCGCCUCAAGCUUCACGACGUCCUGCUCACGCUCAAAGACCCAAAAUGCUACCUGACUGCCUUCAUGUUCUUCGCCUCCAACGUCGCCUUCGCCUCUAUGCCCGUCUUCCUCCCCACCAUCCUGCGCGACAUGGGCCACACCACUCUGAUCGCACAGGCUCUAUCUGCUCCGCCAUACCUCUUUGCAUUCGUUGUAGUGCUCGUUACUGCCUAUCUGUCGGACCGCCACCAAUCCCGUGCCUUCUACAUCAUCGUUCAUGCCCUUCUCGCAGCAUCAGGCUACGCCAGUACGUUACCUCCCCUCUGA